AUGCGACCAGAGCAAGGUUCUUACACCGAGUUCCAGCUUGAGACAAGUCAUUUGAAGCCACCGCAUAGUCGCGACAAGGGCACCCUAGCCAAGCUCCGAGAAUCGGUUCCCCAGAACGAAACACAGUGGCAACAGGCCAGACAAUUACACAGAUAUGCAACCGCUGAGCAGGUCUUCCAGAAAACAAAGGAGAUUAUUGAGAACAGAAUCGCAAAGACAGACUUGCGGAAUUUUAUAUCUAUUGCAACCUGUUGUAUAUACUGGCAUCUUGACAGGAAGAAAGAUGCUUAUGAUUACUUCAGACUGCAAAUUGGUCAAGCAACUGAACUAACGAUCCAGAGGUAUAUGUCAUCUGUACGCAGCAUGGUACAAGCUAUGAAUCCCCUGUACCUCCGAGGAUGGAAGCAUCGCGUUUUCGAGGCAGUUCUUCUGUAUUCACGCAUCAGCCCGUCAUUUCUGGCAAACUAUACUAAAGAUAUCGACGCAUUUGGUUCUUGUUUUCCCAAUUUAGUGAACCUAGAGCCCGAAAUGCAGGCAUCACUAGCGCUUUCGCCUGCAUUCAUUCUGAAAUAUCAGCACCCUGAGCGCAGUUACAGGGAUAUUUGCCAGGCUCUAGGUAUUACUGUGCUUAAUGAGGAAGCUUACGCAAGCUUUGUCUCUGUCCUUGAUAGUCAAAGACCGGUUCCUCACGUACUCCCCCUGCCAGAACAAGUUGCCUCAACUCCAAGUCAUGAUCAACACAACCUGGAUAGAGAGUUGACUGCAAAUUUGCAGUCUCAUGAUACACUUGCUCUUCAUGCUGGUUUCGCGUCGCUCUUUAAGGUCUUCAAUACUUCAGAAGCUCUCCAGAAAUUCGUUGAGGAAGUACGAGAAGUGGCUGAUCAUCAACGCCGUCGGGAGGUACCGAACACGCCACUACUUGAACUCCAAUGGACUCUACACUAUGAUGCAGUAGUAGAUCAGUUAGUUGGACAUCUGAUUCAGCAAGGCAUCCUUCCUCGACAUCCCUUCCACAGGUAUAAAUCGUUCUAUCAACAUGAGCCUGGAUCAAUCACUGUAUCUUCUGGCUGGGUCAAGAUUAUUCUACCUGCGUUGGUUGAUGACGCUUGCCAGGUCUCAAUAGCCGGCCCCAUGCUGGAGGAACAAGAUUUUACAUGGGAUUACAACCUGGGGUUUAUUCUCUGCGAGAGUAUGAGGCUCUCGACGCCACAUACCAUAUUCUACUUCUCAGUAUCUAUCCCCAUUUCCCCUGAUGCUUGA